UGCAGUGGCAGUAGUAGGCCCGGAAAGUCAGUCACAAAUUUUCUAAUCCAUUUAAUAUUCUAAUGCACUUUAAUAGAAUAGCCCAUCAUGACAUAGUAAUUGUUGAUAUGUUGCUGAAGGACAUUUUAAUAAUUUAAUGCAUAAAAUACAGUUAUUAGAAAAGUAAAAUGACCUCUUCUCGCCAUCUGACUCUAGGUCUUUUUGUUUUGCUUCUUGUUGACGUCAUCUGGGUUGCGUCGUCUGAACUUUCUGAGUAUGUCUUCAAAGAUACCGGCUUUAAUAAGCCAUUUUUCAGCACCUACUUCAAAACCAGCCUGUUCUCCAUCUAUCUUUUGGGCUUCUUGUUCUGGCCACCAUGGAGGAAGCAAUGUUGUCAGCAGCAGCCCAAUCUACAGUACUCCAGAUUGCGCAAUUCAAGUUCAGAAGAAGGGGUGCAGGAGGGGCAAGAAGAUAAUGUCAGUGAUGAUGGUGACAACCCCAGGCUUAGUUCCCCACAGUUUGAGCCUGUGAAAAUCCCAGGGUCAGACAAGAACUCUGAUGCGGAGGAAGAAACAGCCUCUGGCAGGAGUGUCCGCUUCAGUAGAGUGGCUGAGGUUCGGCAGUUGCCUGACGCUGAUGGUGCAGAAGCUCUGCUGUCUCGUCUGAGCUUCUCAGCAUCACUGAGGGCACAGCAGGAGCUCUACAACCUUCACAUUGGGCUUGCAGUGUCAGCUGUUGCUUAUGUUGCCUUGGUUUUCUGCCUCCUGUGGUUCCUUGGCAACUACAGCUACCAGAUGGCUCUCAGCAUCUCCCACUCCGGCAUCAUCAACGUUGUGUCCUCAACUUCAGGUCUGUUCACCCUGAUUUUGGCCGCAGUGUUUCCUUCUGCCUCAGGCGAUGCCUUCACCGUAUCAAAGCUUCUCACGGUGCUCCUUAUGCUCGCUGGCGUUAUGAUGGUGAGCCUUGAGGACUACCACCAGCACGGCGCCUCCGUCCCCCCUGCCGCAGACGCCCCCCAGCAGCCACUCUACCACCUCCACCGCCACCACAGAGCCCUUAACUCUUCCUUCCUCCCCUCAGCCUCGCCCCCGCUGCUGGGGGAGUAUACUGAAGAUCCCUUCACUCUGGGGACCACAACAGGAACUGUGGGGAGCCUUCAGGCCUUGCUUUCUGCUGGGGACACGAACGCCUCCUCCUCCGCCACGCCCCCGAUUGGUCGUGGUGAUAUGUCUGGUGGUACUGGUGGUGGUGACGACAUUCUUAUCGAUGGUGGUGGUGGAAUUGGUGUUGAUGAAGGCAGUGGCAUUGGAGAUGGUGAGAGUGGUGGCGGUGAUGGUGGGAGUGGUGGCGGUAUUGCAGGGGUGUGGUGGGGGUUGUGUGGUGCGGUGGUGUAUGCCUGCUACAUGGUCUUCAUACGGCGCACCGUGAAGCGGCAAGAGGACCUCAACUUCACCAUGUUUUUUGGUGAGUAA